CAUGAUUGUUUAAUCAUUUAUAUGAUGGUCCACCAACAAACAUAAAUUUUAGUAACAAAAAAGGAAUCAUAAUUACAUUUGAUGGCUCUAUAUUACAAACUUGCAUCAAAAGGUGUACAAAUAUACAUAGGUAUCAAGGAAAAGCUUCAAGGAAAUAUAAGCAUGUAUGUACAAUAACUACCUAACAUCCUCAAAAAUUGCCAAUUGAUCAGACACAACUUCAAAGCAUUAUAAGCUUAUACAUAUACAUUUAGACAUCCCAAAAAAAGACUAUCCCAAAAUCAAAUUUAUACACCACAUAAAACCAUCAAUCACUAGAUUAUCCUAUAAUAAAAUAGAUGAUAAUCUGUUUUGGCAUUCACAACUUCGACCUCAUUACCUACAACUUAUUUGUCAACUGGGCAACCUCAUUUUCAAGUUUUACUUUGCAUGAAUUCAACUGCUUCUAGGGUUUUUCCAACUGACUUACCUUCUUUUGAAGUUGGCCAACGUAAGUAUUGUUGUUUUUUUUUUCAAAAUAAAAAAUUCAAUUAUUUCAUUAUUUGAUACCAAUUGUAGAUAAAAACUCGAUAUAUAUGGUUCAAAUUUACCUGAAUAUACGGACUUCUACCGAAACAACCCACACAAUACCAUAAAAAUAAACACGCCUUCUUUUCAAUACCUGAAAAGAAGGAAGAACCGAUUGAUUUUCAUCUCUCGUCGGAAUCAAUCCCACCACAAUUUCCCAAUUUUCUUGUAAAGUUUUAUCUCAAUCGAUCAUAAGUUCAUAACAAGUCUACAAUGGGUUUGAAGAAUCUGUUCAAUAAGAAGAAGAAGAAGAAAACCAACGACGAUAACAGCACCCACGAACGCCAACACGAAAGCGAAAGUGAAAACGAAAACGAAAACGAAAACGAAAACGAAAACGAAAACGAAAACGAAAACGAAAACGAACCCACAGUUCCACCGACGACCGCUGACAAACCGACUUCAGAGACAACGCGUGUUAACUCCUUGAAUGCUCGCGUUCGAAUCGAGGAGGAAUUGGAGCAGAUUUUUAAGAAAUUCGACGUUAAUGGAGACGGGAAGAUCUGCUCAUCGGAGCUGGGAUCGAUCAUGGCAAGCCUGGGACACCAGCCGACGGAGGAGAAGCUAAAGAACAUGAUCAAGGAGGUGGACAGAGACGGCGAUGGGUUUAUAAAUUUGCAGGAGUUUAUUGAACUGAACACAAAGGACGUUGAUCCAACGGAAGUUUUGGAGAAUUUGAAGGAUGCAUUUUCGGUUUUUGAUAUCGAUAAAAAUGGGUUGAUCACGGCAGAGGAGUUGCGGAAUGUUUUGGUUAGUUUGGGGGAGGAAUGUACUAUCGCCGAUAGCCAGAAGAUGAUUGCCGGCGCCGAUCGUGACGGCGAUGGAAUGAUCAACUUUGAUGAGUUUAAGGUUAUGAUGAAGAUGGGUACACACUUUGAUUCCAUGGGGUUGCAGCAGAAACAGGUGCCCUUCAACAAAGAUGAAAUCAAUUAAUUAAUUAAUCACUCAUUUUAUUUUCUUCUUCUUCUUCUUCUUCUUCUUCUAUAUUUCUUCCAUUGUUUUAGAAUUUUAGAAAAAGACUCAAAAACCAUAUUCAAAGGAAUGAAAUUUUUACUGUUGGUCGAUUGAAUCA